AUGGCAGAGCCCAGCGGCAACGGUAUGGCGAUUAGAACGCGGACGUUCUACGGCCGAUCUUCAAAAAAUAAAGCCCAGUCACCCCGAGACAUUGUCAGCUGCAUGCCAUCGGGCGACGAGAGUGACUUUGGAGAUUUGAGUGACGAUGGUGACACAGAAUACGUUUUAGGCACUAGAAGUACCCCUCCUGAUCCUGCCGAGCCUUCUGGAGAUGACUCUUCCGAUGAUGAAAUGGACUCUAGCAGCGGCUCACACUGCUACACAGGCUCCAUUGACAGAGGCCAUUGGAGGAGGAACCUGCUGGACUGUGCCAUUCCAACGUUCAGCGAAGCUUUUACCAUGCCAGUGACGAUUGAACCAGCUCUGACCUACUUCCGGAAGUUUAUAAGUACGGAAAUGAUCACAUCCCUCGCUGAAGAGACUAACCUGUGCAGUACCCAGUCUACUGGACAUUCACUGAACGUCACAGAAGCUGAACUGGAGCAAUACAUCGGGAUAUACCUGAUGAUGGGACUUGUGCAAAUGCCCAGUGUGCGAUGUUACUGGGAAAAUGGGACGAGGUUUCCCGUGGUCGCUGAUGUGAUGCCACGGAACAGAUUUGAGAAGCUGAUGAGACUGAUACACUUCACUGACAACCAUCAAGCCACAGAAGACACAAAACGUGACAAAGCUUGGAAAAUUCGAACGUGGUCAAAUUCACUACAAGAAAACCUCCAGUCAGUCGAGCAAGAAGAACUGAACAGUGUGGACGAAAUUAUGAUUUCCUUCACUGGGAGGUGCCCUAUGAAGCAAUACAUGCCCGCGAAACCCAACCCCUGGGGCAUAAAGCUUUGGGGUCGCGCUGGCUCGUCUGGUUUUUUGUAUCAGUUCGACGUCUACCAAGGCCAAGCGAAACAACACUACCUGUUUGGCUUAGAUCUUGCGACUGAGUUGUCGAAGAGAGGUCUGGGGUUCGUAGGAACGAUCAGAAGAAAUCGGCUAAAGGACUGCCGACUAAAGUCAGAAAACGACCCGAAAAAGGAGGGACGUGGUGCGUUCGAUUAUGCGGUCAACAAUCUAAAGAAUAUAGCGGUUGUAAGGUGGUAUGAUAAUAGAGCCGUGACACUUGUCUCCAACUAUGUGUCCGCUGAACUAGUCGGAACUGUGCGAAGAUGGGACAAGAAAGAAAAAAAGUUCAUCCAAGUUCCACAGCCUGGAAUUGUAGCGACAUACAACCGCUUCAUGGGAGGUGUGGAUCUCCUCAACUACUUGAUUGAACUUUACAAGUUCCCCAUAAAGUCUCGCAGAUGGUAUCUUUACCUAUUUUAUCACAGCCUGAUGAUUGCUACAGUGAAUGCUUGGCUUCUGUACCGGCGGCACUGCUCCCAGUUGAACGAGAAGCCUGUCAACCUCCGGCGAUUUCAGGCAAGCAUCGCGGAGUCCCUUAUCGCGGUGGGAAAGAAACCAGUCAAGCGGCCAACAUCUUCAGUGACUCCGCCUAUGAAGAAGCGCAAAGUCGGUGGAAGUGCUCCCCAGGAUGAUGUGCGGCUGGAUGGUGUCGGUCACAUGCCCAUCUGGGGCAGCAGCAGGCUGCGAUGCAAGUCAGCGCAGAACAGCUUUUCCUACACCUACUGUUGCAAGUGUAACGUAAACCUAUGCUACACAAAGGAUCGUAAUUGCUUUGUUGCCUACCACAUGUGA